AUGGUGAAAUCUGAAGAAAAAGAAAAAGAAGUUGGAUUGAAAAAAGGAACAUGGACAGAAGAAGAAGACGAAGUUCUAGCUGAUUACAUCCGCAAGCAUGGGGAGGAGUCCAGCUGGAACACGGUUGAGAACGAAUGUGGACUCAACCGGUGCGCUAAAUCAUGCAGGUUAAGGUGGGUAAACCAUUUAAGACCCGAAUUGAAGAAAGGUCCGUUAACCGCCAAUGAAAUAGAGACGAUCGUUCGUCUUCAUGCUAGGAUCGGAAAUAAAUGGUCCCGCAUAGCAGAAAAGGUUCCUGGAAGAACAGAUAACGAUAUUAAGAACUUUUGGAACACUCGAAUCAAAAGUUGUGAGCGUCGUGGCCUACCACUUUAUCCGCCUGAGGUAGUUCAAGAAUUAUUAAAUGAAGAGAAGAACCAAAUGAAUAUGAUACCUACUACUGUCAAGCCUCCUCCUGCUGCUUCUUCUUCUUCAAAUCUUCAAUCAUCAUUUCGACCAUCGCCAAAGCUGAUGAUUGACGGUUUUGGAAACAAUACUAGUACUAAUCAUCAUCUUCCUUCCUAUUCUUACCAUGCUUUCCAGCAGGUAGCUCAGAAUUCAGGCCUCCAAUCAUUCCAAUUACCGCCGCCUAGUAGUACUGUUGCUGCUGCUCAUAAUAUGUUCUCUUCAUUUCAACAUCUACCUAAUCUCAAUGAUAUUCAUCAUAACUCAUUAUACUUCCAUUCAUUCCAAUUUGCGCCUCCUUCAUCUUCUUAUGCUGCUGCUGCUGAUGCUUUUCCAGUGGAUCGUAAUCAUCCAGACCUCCUCCCUUCAUUCCAGUAUAAGCCUCCUAGUCCUAUUGUUGACGACAAUAGUUUCUCUUCAUUACAGCAACCACUUGAUCAGAUUAUUGACAAUUUGGAAAAUAUUGAUCAUGGUCUUACUUCCUCUUCUAAUGAUCCUUUUGAGAUGGCUCAUAUUGUUGCCAAUACUUUGUCUUCAUUAAAUCAACCACUUGAUCAAAAUUUGCCAUCAUCAUCAUCUUCUCAGAAUUAUUUUCCAGAGCUCCCUUCAAUCCAACCUCAAGAUCCUUUUCAUUUGCCACAAUUCGAGAAUCUUUCCCAAUCACCCGCAUCCCAAAAUCUACAGUCAAGUUGUAUGCCUAGUCGAAAGAGAACCCACGAUGAUCAAAUGUCAACUUCACAACAGGAGCAUGCAUUAUUGGGAAAGAACUAUUCUGGAGAUACAUCAAAUAUGUCAAUUUGGGAAAAAAUUCUAAACGAAGAAUUACUCGACUCUUUUGCUUUUGGUCAUAACUCGGUGCUAAAUGAAGACGACAAGAUGAGGUCUCCGUUUUUCUCUAAAUAUCUUAAGAAUCCGAGAAAACAUUGGAGUGGAUUGUGA